UGGUUAAUGGUGUUCAUACCCAACUUCCCGUGCGUGCUUGUAUCGUCUUCGUUCGCCGCCAUUAUUACAAAGUCGUUGGAGAUGGUAGACAAAAUAGAAAUGAGUCUCGACGAUAUUAUCAAACAAAAUAAAGGAACGCGAGCGCGAGGAGGGGGUGGUAGAAGAGGUAGAGGUGUUGGUGGCUCGCCUCGUAGAGGAGCUCGAAGAACCCAAAGAGUUGGCGGUGGCGGCGGCGUCAUGCGAGGACGCAGUCGUGGUGGCAUCACAAGAACUUCUCUUCCAUACACAAGAGGUGACGUAAAUAGUGCAUGGAAACAUGACAUGUUUGAUGGAGUAAAAAAGGUUGGCAGAGGUGCAAUAGGCAGCACAGGUGUUACCAAGUUACUCGUAUCUAAUCUUGAUUUUGGGGUAUCGGAUUCGGAUAUUCAGGAAUUGUUCAGCGAAUUUGGACCUCUUAAAUCAGCAGCUGUACAUUACGAUAGAUCAGGUCGGUCAUUAGGCUCCGCUGAUGUUAUAUUUGAAAGAAGAGCAGAUGCUAUCAAAGCAAUGAAACAAUAUAAUGGAGUACCACUCGAUGGUCGCGAGAUGAACAUACAAGUUGCCACAUCCGAAAUACCAGUUCCGUCGGUGCGUGGUGGCUCAAGACUUAGCGGUAACAGUUAUGUGCAAAGAACUCAAUCUCGUUUUAGAGGUAAUCGUGGUUCGGGACCUGUAAGAGGUCGCGGCGCAAGACGCGGAGGUAGAGGAGGAAGUCGGCAAGCAACAAAAACUCCUACUGCUGCAGAAUUAGAUGCAGAAUUGGAGGCUUACGUUAAGGAAGUAAAGUAACAAAACUAUAAAUUCUUGGCAAUACGAUAAAGUUUUGUUCUCGUCUAAUCUAACACAAUACAUUGUGUUUUCCUUAUUUUCAUAAGAUAUAUACAAAUGAAACUAAGUAUAAUUAUACCAUUAGAAAAGGAAGCGUUAUAUGCAAUUUCAUUUUGAAUGGGUCUUUUUUUUUUUUAUUUUUGACAUUUCCUUCGGAAAUUGGCAUACAAUUUUUAGAGGGAUUCAAACACAUGAUUUAUAGAAGUUAAUAGAUUUUUUUAUGACACAUUAAAAGGAAGAAGGAAAGAAAGAAAAAAAGAAAAAAGUAAUGAUAUGCUGUAAAGACUGUAUGCAAUUUGUAUGUACUAUUAUCGCGCGUGUGUGCUCAGUAUAAUGAAAAAUACAAACAAAUUCAUCUUUAACAGUUGUUGUUUAUCAAAGUACGGAAUGUGCUUCUAGCCCCGAAUCUGAUUAAUUUUAAAGCAUUGUCAUCUUGAUCUUAGCGAAUCCAUUACUAUUUUGUGAGAUGUUUUUAAAUUAUGAAAAUAAUAAUGUUUGUUACUAAUAU